AUGACGGUGGCAAGUGCAAUAAGAACGGGAACACUGAUCCUACUGAUCGCCACACUUUGCCACGCCGACACGAAGUACAACGUGACAUUCGAUGAAUUGCACAAAUGCAAGCAGUACAACGCUAUCAGCGGCUACAACUACCGCACGUUCUUUAGGCUCCACGAGCUAGACCAUCAUCGCACGUUACAGGACACCGUGUUUUACGUCGAUCUGUUGGUAUACGUGAUGGCCCCUCGCGAUGGCCACAUCCUGUUCAGCCAGGAGACGAAAACUACCAACAAUUCGCUGGAAAUCGUGCUCGGAGGUGGCAGCAACACAUUCUCGACCAUCCGCUUGGGCUCCAAGGGUGCUGCGGUGAAAUCGAAGCCCCGGUCGGGUUUGCUGUCUCCGAUUGAACCACUUCCGGUGCGCAUACGUAUCAGUGAGACGGGCGAGAUAAAGGUCUUUGCCGGCAAUCUGACGGGCGAACCGUUCAUGGAAACGCUCGUGCCGGCGAUGGCAAGCGGAAACAGGGUACAGUAUGUGAGCUUCUCGAGCUGGGGAACGGCGCUGGCCAAGUGGUUCUACGAUUGCCCGUUGCCGGGACCGGCAAACAGUACGGCGAUCGAUGGUAGCGAACUGGAGUACGUGCCGACGGCUUCCGAGCGCUUGCAUCGGGCACUCCGUGAGCAUCCUCGGUGGACGGAUCCGCCGGAACAGUUCUCGGGCGUCAACAUUUCCACGCUCUACGUCGAAGAAUUUGUCUACGAUCAGAUGACGGACGUGAUGGAACUAUCGGGCAUGGUGCGGUUUAGUUGGCGUGACCCGCGAUAUAGCUGGAACUCGACCGACUACGAGAAUAAACUGAUCAUCGCUGAGGUUUGUGAUGUGCUCUGGAUGCCCAGCUUCGAGGGAAGCCUAUUCUCUGGGCACUUUAGCACGUGCUACGUACGCUUCGACGGCACGGUGGUGGCCGAGAUUGACGAGUUCAUAUGGUACAACUACUGCUCCCUAAGCAACAACUACCGUUGGCCCUACGACAGCAACGCUUGCCACGUGCGGCUCUUUGCAGUGACCUACAAUCGUACCGUGCCCAUCCGUUUGACUAACUCCGCCAUGGGAUUCGAAAUUGAGUUCGAACAAUCGGAAUGGUCGUUGACGCAGAUCGUCAAACACGAGUACGAGCAGACCGACACCCCGUACGGACUAGUACCGGCGCUCGAGCUGCACAUUGAGAUGAGCCGAAAAAGUGACAUACAUUCGGUGGCCAUAUAUCCGUCAUACUUUGUGUCCAAUCUGUUGAUUUCGGUUUCGUUCCUCAUGGAUGGCCGAACACGGGUGCUGCUAAACACGCUCGGGCUGGUCGUACUAGUGAAGUCGUUCCUUAGCCUCUCCGUCAUCGUGCCGCGCUGUGGAGUGCCGAAAAUAUAUACCUUUUUCCGAUGGUCGCUGGUUUUCUACUCGAUUUCGCUGAUCCUUUACGUGGUAGACCUGUGGCUCAAGAGGACUCGCGCCACCAUAGCUCCACAAUCGUGGCUGAACCGUGCCAUCAAUUUUCCCGCCCUGCGGUACAUACUCGCCAUGGAUCAGCGUAGCAACUACAGCACACUGGAGCACAAGAACGUGCUGUGGGAUGAAGUCACGUACGUUCUAAACAGGAUCAUGAUGCUCGUCGUGAUGGUCGUUUUUUGCGUGGGGUAUGUUAAGCCGUAA